GGCUGCUCUGGACACAAGGAAAAGAAAUCAAAAAAAUUAAAGUACUUUUAUUUUUUAUUUUUUGGUGAAAAAUUCCCGCAUAAGAAUGUUCUUCAGUUCAAACGGUCAUCUUUUUUUACUUCUUCUUCGCCGUCCAUGAGAUCAGAGAGCGGGAGUAGAAAUGCAGUUGAUCCUCCACUUCCAAUCUCGAGCGGUCCUCUCCAAGCAAUCCCUUCGCGUCUCCUACCCAAUUGUUAAAACCAUAACUUCGCUUCCAAGCAAUAUCUUUGUUCCAAAAUCUCCAAUUUUUACCAUUCCACUCUCCCUCUGUCGUCAAACCCAGACCCAAAAUCCAAUUCUACGUGCGGGGAAGAACAAACGGCGCAAUGGGUCUCACAGAUUAACAAGAUUGCUGCUCCAAUUGAUGCCGGCCAUCCUAUCGAACUUCAAGAUAGUGCCUCGGCCGUUGGAUCUGGUUGUUGAAGAAUUAUGUGGCGGAGACGGCACCGGAGGGGGUCUGGGGAUCUGGAAGGGGUUCGGAGGCGGCGGCGAUGGGUUCGGAAGAAAACGAAAGAGGAAGUCUCUGUUGUUUGUAUUAUAUGGGGUUCUGGUGAUUUGUGGGUUGGGAUUGUUGUUCUGUGGAGAUGUGGGAAGCAAUGUGCUUUUCUGCGGAUUGGGAAUUGGGCUCUCUAGGGUUGCUAUGGCUCAGUGGUGGGACAAGAUUGGUAUUUUUGCCAUCUUUUUUGGGGUUGUUUUGGUGGGUCUAGGGUUUCAGAGAGAGGAAUUGCACAAAUUGGGUUUGAAGAUUAGGGCUUUUUGUCCGGGAAUGGAGGCUGUUACUUGGAGAACAAGAGGAAGAAGAAGAGGUGGAAGAAGAGCAUUCUGAGAGAGAGAGAGAGAGUAUGAGAUGUUAGUGACUUUGCAAUGAAAUUUGAUUCUUUGAUUUUACAGUGAAGUGAUAAAUAUUACUAUUUUGAUGU